UCCGGCAAUAAUAAUUAGCCGUCUCCGACUCGAUUCUCCGAUUCCCCCCGCCGCCUCCGCCGAGCGGAGCGGAGAACGAGGAGCCCGGGGGCCGCGGGCGCCACCGGGGGUGGGAGGUAUUUACUCGCUAUUCGGUCUACGAUUCACCGCGGUCGGCGACGCGAGGCGAACACUAGUAGUAAUCCGGUGCGCGAUACAAUCGGGCGUCGUUGUUUUUCGCGCGUCCCGCAGCCGUCGUAACGAAAGCACGAAACUCGUGUACAUUCCGCGCUCGUAGCCGCGUGAUCGUUGUUACGUCGCAACGAGAGCGCGCUAGCGCCCGCGCUACCCAGAGUGCGACUCGGUGAUCCGCGAUAAAAAGCGAAAAAGCAAAAAAAAAAAAGAAAGAAAAAAGAAAGAAAAAAAAUUGUGAAAAAAGCGAGAGGAGAAGCGGACCGGGGUUUAAAAAAAAAAAAAGACGAAAAACGAGGAUUCGAAGUUAUCGUCGGUGAGAUCGAUCGUCGCGACGAUCUUCGAUCUCCGUUACGCGACGUUGCGAACGACGGCGAGGGGAACGUGGAACGCGCGGAUUCGUUCGAUCGCGUUCGAUUUUUGCACGUCGAUGAGAAGAAAAGUGGCGAGCGUUUCGUCGUCGUCGUUGAAUUUUUUAUCCGCUAAUCGUCGGUCGAAAAAUCGGCGUAUUUUAGCUCCGCUAACGGCAGGCGGCGUCUGUGCGACGAUACUAGCGAUUGUUUCUCGUUCUUAUUCUUCUGCUGCUGCUGCUGCUGCUGCCGCUGCGACAACGACGAUGCGGACGACGGGGGCGGCGGCGACCGUCGCGACGGUCGUGAUCGCUGAAGCGACGACGAUCGCGAGGUGAAAACAGAAAAAAAAGAACAACUGAAAAAAAAAAACAAAAAAAAGAACAAAGUGGGCGGAAAACUGUAAAAAUAAAAGAAGAAGAGAAAAAAAGACGAAAAAAGUAGCGCCGUUGAAAACAUGGCAGGGCUACACUGAGCCGCGGGGACAGAAGGAACACGUGGUGCGUCGGGUCGAACUAUAUUAUUUUAUCGUGGAGAUAUCGGGACGAGUGUCACGUGAUCGUUAACAAGAGCGUACAUUAUUAUCAUUGUUGUUAUUAAUCGGGGAGGGGGGGGGAGAAAAAAAAAAAAAAAACAACGCCGCGUUAGUUUGUUUGCCGCAUUUAGCGCAAACUAGAAGAAGAGACGCGAGGAAAUUACAUAGAUACGAAGUGUGUUGUUACAUAUACAGGUAUACGUUACGCAACGUGGGUACAUAGAUUUUACGCACCUGCGUUCGGAUGCGGAAAUCUCUUCGACGAUUCCGGAACGCGGAGACGACGCCGCCGCUUGUCGCGUGACGACCCUAUGAGAAAGACGCGCAAAAUAAUUGAAAAAAAAAAAAACAACAGACUCAAAAAUAAACUAAGAGAGGGAGGAGAAAAUCCGAGUGAUUGGGAAAACGAAGAACGAAAAAUUGAACAAAACAUAAAACAAAAGAAGUGCGCGAAGUGAUAGAAAAGGAGCGUGGUUUGUUUUUUUUUGUUGUUAAAAAAAGUCGAAGGGUUGGAUGGCACCCGAUUUCGUUUGCAAGCGAUCGCUAGGCAGAGCGGUCACCGGGCACAACGUUGGAGGGAUGCUACUUUUGCAGCACAGAAGAUCGUCAGCGGCCGCUUACGCCGGACUAGGCGGUGGUUACUUGCAUCCCGGGACCGCCGGAGGAUUGUCGUCGUCGGCAACGGGGGCUUCCGUGAGAGGUACCGCGACCCCAACGGUCAGGGCGCAUUCGUCGAGGAGAAUAAACCAUCCGCGUCACACCGGUCAGCACAAGAUUCUACUGGGUACGACCAGACAGAACGCCGGCGUCCGAACGUCGGAUGAACUCGCCGCGAGACUGAUAUCCGCUCAGGACGUCUGCGACAACUCCAACGACUCCGGACUCGGAUUCGAGGAAAGACAACAGCAGCAACAGUUGACGAACAACAUCCGUCCGCAGCACCGGGAACCCCGUUAUUUCCACUCAUGUCUGCCACCAUCUAACUUUCAGGGUUGGAACGGAGCGGGCGAGGAGGAUUCGAAACGUCGAAGAAUGGACAUAAAACUGGAAUCGGAGGACGCGAACUUUGCGUUUCCUGAGGUGCAGGCGCGCGGCGGCACCGACGCCAAGGGUUCUUCCCGCGGAAGCGCGAACAGCAUCGGCGGCGCCUCUCUUCCGAGAAGUACCUCCGGCGGCGUCGUAGGUCGCGUUGUAGGCGUCACGAGGCCGCGGCCCGCCAUUGGCGUUCUGGGAUCCAAACGAGCCGCGAUAGCUCACCAGGGCCCCAUCACCCUAACCUCUCAACUCUGCAGCGCAUCCAGGGACGGCAAAACCCAACUGCAAAUAAUAUGUCAGCCCGAACAGCAGCACAGAGCCCGUUAUCAGACCGAAGGGUCACGCGGAGCUGUCAAAGACCGGACGGGCAAUGGUUUUCCAAUAGUCAGAUUGAUCGGUUACGAGAAGCCGGCUACCCUACAGAUCUUCAUCGGCACGGACCUCGGUCGUGUGGCUCCUCACAUGUUUUACCAAGCGUGCAGAGUUAGUGGUAAAAAUUCCACGCCGUGUGUCGAAAGGAAAGUGGACGGUACCAUAGUUAUAGAAGUGGACAUGGACCCUGCUAAAGAGAUGCUGGUCACCUGCGACUGCGUGGGUAUACUGAAAGAAAGGAACGUCGACGUAGAGCACAGGUUCCCGCAGGAGGCCGGAGUCCUUCAGGGACGCAGUAAAAAGAAGUCGACGAGGUGUCGCAUGGUAUUCAGAACCAACAUCACACAUUCCGAUGGCACGUCGGAAACACUGCAAGUGUGCUCGCAGCCCAUCGUCUGCACCCAACCGCCCGGAAUACCAGAAAUAAGCAAGAAGUCAUUGACGUCGUGUCCUUGCACUGGUGGUCUCGAGUUGUUCGUCUUGGGUAAGAAUUUCUUGAAGGACACCCGGAUAGUGUUUCAACUGGACAACGAGGACCUGUCGAGCAGUUUGGAGCCCCAUUGGGAGUGCGCAGUCCUUCCGGACAAAGAAUUCCUCCAGCAGACUCACCUGGUCUGCGUCGUGCCACCCUACAGACGCCAGGACUUGGAGCCUGCGGAAUCAGUCAGCGUCAAACUCUACGCCGUCUCCUCGGGUAAGACCAGCGAGCCUCACACCUUCCUCUACACCGCAGCCUCUGCAGCACCGGAACCCUCCGUAGGCAAAAUUGAAUCCUCCUCACCGUCGCUCACCACCACUCCUGCGGACGCUUCCCUCACACCUGCAGCGGCCGCCGUCACGCUGGGAUGCGUGUCUCCAAAUUCUCGUCUUCCUUCCUCGGUAGCGAGCGCCUCGAGUUUCGUCACCGCUAUGCAGCAGCAGCAGCAAGAGACGUUGAAGAGCGAGUCCUGCCAGUCGCCUUCGUCCUCCGGUGCCGCCGUGACCCCGGUAAUGAUGUGGGCCUCGCAGGCCCAGAGCUGUCAGAACGCGUGCGCUGAGGUUAUGAUGCCGCCGCCUCCUCUGGUGGCCAACCCCAUAAUGAAUCGGCGCUCUUCGUCCAACCUCCAGCUGAUCCUGCCCGACAAUCUGAAGACCGAGGUCCUCGACGAGAACAGCCAGAACAGCAUGAUGAGCGAGAACAGCAUGCAGAGUCUGCCCAACCCUACGUCGAACGGAGCGCAGGCGGUCUCCAGCCCCCUCCAGCUGUCCAACGAGGCCUCGAGGGAGGCGCCCCCCUCGUUGAUGGGGAGCGCCAACGUCGCCCCGGCGCAGGACGCUACCGCCGCCGGUCUCCUGGGCGUCGCCGAAAUGAUCCACCAGCAGCACCCCCUCGCCCUGGACCCCCAGGACCCGUUCGCCUCCCUUCACGAAACUCCGCAGGUCAAGGUACUCAGUCCCCACCACAUAAACAAGGACUCGGGUGGGCUGCUCUCCUCCGGCGGCGACGUCAACGGCCCCGUAGUCGGCGUCCAGGGCGCCGGGGUUGUCGACCUCCGCAUGAAGCAGCACCAGUCGGACUUCACGACCCUGACGACCUUCGCCACCACGGCGCCGGGUCAGAGUCUGCCCGCCCAGAGCGGCCACAGCAUCGAGAAGUACCUGAACCACAUAGAGUCGACGGCCUCCCAGGUCAAGGACAACGAGGUCAACGCGGCGGCGAACGCCUUCGUCGGCGGUAUCCAGCAGCGGGCCUCGAUAAUAUCCACCGGUCGCCAACAGCAGCAGCAACAGCAGCAGCAGCAGCCGGACAUCCUCGCCCCUACCCAGGCGACCGUGAAACUCGACGCCCUCGUAAAUUCCGCGGCGGAAACGCACCAGAUCGGCACCUCGCUCCAGGCCGCCGAGGCCCCCGCCGGCGCCCUGAUGAACCACGUCUCGGUGUCGCCCGGCGUGGACUCGAUGCACCGGCAGCAGCACGAGGUCAUCGGGAGCCCCGCGCAGAGCACGAGGACCAGCCCGCCGAUUCCGGUGAAGGCGAUGAUACUGGAGGCGCUUAUCCCAUCGCCGACAUUGAACGUCCAGGCUAUGACCCCGGUGAACGUCGCGGUGUCGCCGAGCAACGGGGGCGGCAACGACGGCAGGUCGUCCGGCGACAGUUUGCUCACCACCAUAGCCGCCGCCCUCCUGCCACCCAUGCAGGAGCCCCCGGUGGUCACCGCCGCGGGCGCCGCGUCCUCGCCGACCUGCGUCAGCGCCAAUCAUCAGCCGUUACAGGUACCCGUCGAGCCCACUAUCCCGUCGGCGGCCGAGCAGAUCCAGCAGAUGCAGGCGUUGGCGCAUCAGGAGGCCGCCGCCAUGCAGCAGGUCCAGCAGGUCGAGCAGGUGAUGGCGCACGCGCAGCAGCAGGUGGAGCAGGUAGUGGCUCAGGCGCAGCAGCAGGCGGUUCAGGCGGUGCAGCAGGCGCAGCAGCAGGUGGUCCAGCAGGUCGUUCAGCACGCCCACGUGGUCCAGCAGGCGGUUCAGCAGGUGCAGGCGGUACAGCAGGUCCAGGCGGUGCCGGCGGUGCAGCAGGCGGUGCAGCAGGCUACGCAGGAGGUCGUCCAGCAGGCGGUCCAGCAGGCGACCCACGAGGUGGUUCAGCAGGUUCAGGCGGUGCAGCAGGCGGUUCAGCAGGCGCAGGCGGCGCAGGCGAUGCAGCAGGCGGUGCAGCAGGACAUAAGCUCGAUGCUGAGCCAGCCGGCGGGUUUCGUGGCGGAGGCGAGCUCGGCGCUCGCUAGCGGGGCGGCGCAGGAGCCCAGCCAGCAGAGGCUGACGACCGCCGCCGAGCAGGCGAUAAAUUCGGUGAUAACGAACGCGACGCAGGACAUAAUAAACAAUCGUCCGAUAACGACUACCACGGCCCACGCGAUCAUAGCCACCAAGAAUAUACUGAACAGCGUGGCGACGCAGAGCGCCCAGCUGAUGAACACGGCGAUGGAGGGCAUACUACCGAAGUCGCCGACCGGGCAGAGCAGCAUCGUCGAGCAGGUCGCCAACAAAACGGCGACCGCCGCCGCCAACGGUCAGGUUAACGUGAACGUGAACGUGAACGUCCCCGUCACGAGCAACGGCGUGGUUAAUCAGGGCGGCGCGGUGGCCAGGAAACCGGAAGACGCUGGCGGCAUGCUACCCCAGGAACUCACCUCUAUGUCCGAACACGAUCUGCUGAGCUACAUAAAUCCCAGCUGUUUCGAUCAGGGCGGUUUUCUCAUGUAGUCCGACGUGAGGUGGAUUCGCACGAAUUAUCGUACUGUUUUGUCACCGCUGUAUUAUUAUCGUCCCCGUCCCCCGGCCCGAAAAAAAAAAAGAAAAGAAAGAAGAAGAAGAAGCAGAAGAAGAGAAAAAAAGAAAGAGAAAGAAAACUACUCAAAAUCGAUUCGAUGUACAUAGGCUUCGUUAUUAUUCCAACGGCUGUAUUUCAACCUGUUUUACGUAUAUCAAUGUUUGUUUGUUUGUUUUUUUUUAUUUUUUAGUUUUGUUUUAGUGUUCGUUGUUUUGAUUUUUAGUUUUUUAAACACAAUAACGCUGUACGGGUUGUAAAAUUUUUUUUGCUCUUUGAAAUUUUUCGAUUUAACGACGCGUUCUAAGCGGCGGCGGCGGCGUUGUUUUUUUUUUUUUUUUUUUUCAUUUUUCGGGUAAAGGAAGUGCCUUCUUGAGACUUUGAGAGUGAAGACGAAACAAUUUCGUAAGAGAGACUUUAUUUUUCUUCCAUCUCGUUUCGAUUUUAUAUAUGAAAAAAAAACACCAAAAAAAAAAAAAAAAAAAACGGCUGUUUAAUCCGCGUGCGUUCAAACGGAAACGAGUCACUCCCCCCCCCCUCCCCUCUCCUCUCCCUACAAGCCCUCUUUCCCAUGUCCCCCCCCCCCGUACACCCUCCCUGUUAAAUGUAAUUACUAAUUGACGAUGAAGGAAAACUAUUACUGUUUAAGUAAGACGGGCGCAACAGGCGCGACAAUUAGAGUUUGUUAUUAUAUACAUAUACGUACGGCUAUAUUUUCAAAUAUAUAUAUAGAUAUAUAUAUACAUAUAUAUACAUAACCAGACGAAACGUUCAAGCGUAAUAAUGAUUGUAACGAUUUAUUUACCUAUACAUACAUAACAUAUAUAUAUAUAUACAUAUACACACACAUGUACAUAUUAUAUACGCGAAUCAAAAAGGCAAACUAUUCUCGUACGGUGUAUUUUUCGUUGUCUUUUUACCGUUCUAAUAUUUCCGAGUGCCAGCCGGCUAUAUGCCUUUCCCUCAAGAGAAAAGGAAAAAAAAAAAAAGAAAAAAGAAUUAUACAUAUUAAAAAAACGAAACAAAAACCUCAUUACAUAUGCGAAACAUUAUCAAUAAAUGUUAGGCGUCAACGAAUCGCUGUCGACUUCUAUUCGGACUAAUGGAAAAAAAAAACAAAAAAAAAAAUAA